UUUAUUCGUUUCUUCGAGUUCGUCGAGAGAGGUUCGCCCCGAUCGGUAGCGCUAUAUUUAAAAACCUAGUGCGCAGUGCGCUUAUACCCGAAAAGGUCGAAAAACAUUGCUGUUACAACGACUGCAAGUUGUAUAGACAAACAUAACACAAAAGUGCUGCCACGAGCAGCUAUCUUAUAAAAAACUCCAACAAGAGACGGAAACGUUUCGUUUUGUGAGUGGAAUUGUGUGCUGUGCUGUGUGUCCAAAUCACCAUUCGAAGACAGUGACCAAGUGCUAUUAGACCAAGGCCUUUGCUUAUAAAUAUUUUAUAAACAAUUGCAGCGUGAAAUUUCACUUUUGAAGGCAGCAAGACAUAAAAUAAGCUGCAACAGACGCACACACAGAAUACUCGCUCUCCCAAAUACACACACGCUCGCGUGUGGAGACCGUGAUUUGUAUUUGUAUUCGUGUGGAGACUGCCUCUCUCUUUUGGGGCUGUCCGAACACAAAGUUUUGGCGCCAAAAGUUUGACAGUUCGCUUUGGCGUGCGAUUCGCAAACAAGUGGCAAGAAAAGUGCGUCUCAAAACAGAGCAGAAAAACACUAGGGGAACCCAAAACAGAUAUUGACUAGUAAAUCAACAUGGUCAGUGCUCGAGUCCUGAAUCCUGUGAUGCUGAGUGAAUUCUGCAAGAUGAGCAGCAGUCCGGCGGUGAGUCGUAAUCUGCCCUGCGGUCGUCAGUUGAAUCGCAUAAAGCGUGACCUCUUCGGUAGCUCCAAGUCCGCCGAGGGUACAGCCACCAAAACACCCUUUAAUGCCGAACUGGAGCGCCAUCAGGAACUGGCCACGCAAAAAUGGGGCUUUGACUUCCGCGCCGGCUGCCCAUUGGCUGAAAAAUCGCACUUCAUCUGGGAGCGCGUCAGCUUCCAGGAGUCCAGCUUCGCCCCAGAGAUGUACACCCUAACCAGGGCCGCCCACGUACGUCCUUCAGCGGAUACAAGUCCUAGCGACAUGGACAUUUUGGUAAACGAGCGCUCGGAACGGGAGAACUUUGGCUCCAACCUGGGUAAUUCCUCACUGGAGUCCAACACGGAUAAUGAUUCCUGCUACGACUCACAGGACGAAUCGCUGACAAUGCGGUUCAGCUCCUCCAGCACGGCAAGCACCUCCUCGAUAGUCCUGCGCAAGCGACAGCCAAAAAUCACAGAGUUCAUGAAGGAGCGCAAGCGUCUGGCUCAGGCACCCAAGAAACUAUCGCCCGCAAAACGCCUGCGCACCAGUUCUCCCAGUUCUUCCGCCACUUCCAGCUCCAGCGGUGGAUUCGGGUUGGGGGCGCACUUUGGGGCGAUGUUGAAGCGGCCGCGCAACAACUAACGCUCUAGAUUCGCUGGCUAACCCACCGAAUUGCAAUUUGUAAUUUUAUUUUUUAUAAGCCACUGCGAUUGUGUAGUAUUUCCUAAUUAUACCCGUUACUCGUAGAGUAAAAGGGUAUACUAGAUUCGUUGAAAAGUAUGUAACAGGCAGAAGGAAGCGUUUCCGA